AUGAAAUUUGCUGAUAUUCCAGGGGGUUCGGGAAUGAUCAUUUCGCGCGGUACUUUAUCUGCUAUGGGAUUCUCGGCGCUGUCCUGCUUGCCAUACUGCUCCCCAUUCUGCAAAAUCAUAUACGCCGUCCCGGCCUUCACAACCUACCUCCUCAACGAGAGCCCCCUGCCUUCCCUGCAAGUCUCUCUCCUUACCCCUACGAACGACAGCAUCCUGUUCUCCGCCUCCAGUGAGAUCAAAGUCCCUGACGCGCUGACCAUGCAUCUUGACUCGAUGCAUGCAGAGAUCUUCCGGCCGCAACCCAGAGGGAGACCCAAGGAGGACCUGAUACCGCUUGCAGAGGUUGACAUCUCCAAGCUACACUUCAAGGGAAACCAGAAGAUCACUAUGAAGAAUCAGACGCUGAAACUCGGGGACGUGGGCCAGUUCGCAAGAUUAGUUGAGGAUGCCGCGUACCACUCGACGUUCCGGACUGCGAUGCACGCGAAGACCAAGGUCGGGCUGGCAGGGCUGACGACGAGUAUUGAUAUAACGAAGGAAGUAGAGAUGCCUGGCUUCAGCAAUUUCACUGAACUUGCAAUUAACGACCUCACAAUCAGAGAACGCGACGACCAGGGCAACAACAUAUUCGCCGAGACUGUCCUCUUCAAUCCAACUCCAGCAUCAGUCACGCUUGUGAUGAAACUGACAUUAUGGGAUAAGGGCGACGUGACCCUCUCCAUCUUGGCCGCCAACCACUCCAUCGGCACGGCGACGAGCAGCAUCAACAAUAUCAAGUCCGGGAACAAUACCCUGAGCAUCCGUGCAUUCCUCGAUGGUGACGUAUUGGAAGAGAACAUUUCUGGAAUUAUUAGAGAGCAGAUUCCGUACCUUCGGAAGGGGGAUAUUAAGAUCACAGCAACUGGCAAGUCAGUGGUGUAUAACGGGCAGCAUCUCGAAUACUGGGAAACAGCGCUGCAGGCCGUCAGAGUCGAGGUGACGAGGUCGGUGAGGGAGGUGGUGAAUAUGGUCCUUGAUACGCUUGACGGGGAUGACAUUGUAGGUGAAGAUGGAGAUGAUUCUGGCUUUGGAAUCUUCGGGUUUGAAAUUGAUAUUCCCAGAGUCCAAGAGGGCGUAAGAUCUGUUGUUGAGGGGCUUGUUGAGCAGAUCUUGGAUACUGCUAAAGGGCUGGAUGAGAAUGAGGAAGACACAUUUACGGAGGAAUUGACUGUUCUUGGGAGGCUGAUAUUGCGAUUGCUGCAGGUUCUUGGGGUUCUGUAG